GCUAAGAGGCUAACAAAGUAUUUAGUAAUGGCGCCCGAAGAGUGGUUGAGUCUUAUUCAAAAUGCUACAAAAGUUGCAAUUAUCCAAGAUGGAAAGAAGAAAGUUCAUUUUGUAUUGGAAGAUGGCAGGGAAAUGGUAGAAGAAUAUCACUUGGAAACUAAUGUUUUAGUACGAAGAGCAUGGAAAGAAAAAAAUAGACUUGGCCAAGAUAUAGGUUGGAAUGUAGAAAUUGGAGAUCCUGAACCCAAACAAAAUAAUAUUGAAGUCUGCGGAAUUCAGGAAAGUUCAAAUGCUCCAUUUAUUACAAGAAGAAUUACAAAGACUUCACUUGAAUGGCGUAUAAGAAAUUUAUCAUAUCCGCAGAAUGUAUAUUCUGUAACUGCAGAAGAUGAUGGAACGAUAACUGUUCGUACAACGAAUAAAAAAUACUUUAAGAAAAUAAUAGUUCCUGAUUUAGAACGUGCUGGGGUAAAACCAGAACAGGACAGAAUAUCUUUUACACAUCAAUAUAAUACAUUGAUUAUUACGUACAAAAAACCUCCUGCACUGAUGGAUCUGGAGAAAAAGGUGUUGGUUGAAAUAUCAUCAGUGCCAACAAAACAAAGUGGCGAUGUUCAAUGUCCAACAAGCUAAUAAAAAUAUUUACUUCUAAAAGCUUUUCCUUUUUUGGCUUGCCCAAAGUCAUAUCAUAAUCACAUUUAUAUA